AUGCAAUUAUUGACAUGUGAUUCCGUUUUUCGGCGCGCCGCGUCGUUGCUAAGCAACGACGCGGCGCCAUUUUGUCACUCAACAAAGUUGACAUCGAGCAAUCGUCGCGUGUUUCUUCGGAUUGUUGGUGAGAUGGCGACCAGCAGCGCUCGGAUGUCUUACUCCAAUUAUUACCAACAACAGAAUGGUAAAUUUGCUACCCUGCCCCAUGGCUCCAGUAAAGAUGUGGACAUCACGCACGACAUGCAUCAUAAGAUGUCCAAGAAGAUUGCCCAGCUGACCAAGGUCAUCUACGCUCUGAACACAAAAAAGGAUGAGCACGAGUCACAAGUUCAGCAUUUGCAACAGCAACAUGAGCAGGAAGUUGAGCGGUUGGCGGCCAAUACAAAACAGAAACUGUUGCUCUGUGAACAGCGACUGGCAGAGUCUGAAAGUCAUAUGGAACGGAUUGCUGAAUUGGAGCAGGCCGUAUUUGAACACCAAAGCCAACAACAGCAGAUACUGCAGCAGCACACAGACUAUAAGCACAGCAUGCAGGAGAAGUUGCACCAACAAGAGAUCAACUUCUCCCAAAAGAUCUGGGAAUUUUCGGGAGAAUUGCUUGAAAUGAAAAAGGACUUCCAAGAAAAGCUCCAGAAUUUUGAACUUACAAAGAAAACCUUGAAAACAGAAUCUGAGCAAAUGGUAGAACAAUUGCAUAAACAUUACCAGGAAGAGAUUUGUAAUCUGGUAGAGGCAAAGAUGGCAGGGGACAGUGAACGAGCAGCUAGUGUGCAACAGGUGCAGCAGUACCAGCAGGAGCUUGACCGGUGGAAAAUACGAGCCAUGGAAGCAGACGAUAAGCUAAAGCAGACAAACAGUGAGUGGGAAUUGAAACUUGACAAAGCCCAAGCAUUCUUCGAUAAAGAGAUUGCAUCAAACAGGCAACAGCAAGAAGCAGAAAAGGCAAACGCAUUGGAGAGAUGGAGUUCAGAGAAAGAAGAGUUGCAGCAGAAAUUAGACAAAACCGAAAAACAAUUGGUCAGUGAAGUGCAACGUUUAGAGGGAGAAUUGAGCGAAGCUAAUGAACAAGCAAGAAAAUACAAAGCACAAUUAACUCUCCUCGUUUCCGAACUCCAACACAGAGAAGGUAGUUCUUCAGAACAACAUUUCCAGUUGACACAGUUAGAAAGUUCUUUGGCAGAUGCCAGAUCAAAAACAGAAAAACUUGAAAAGGAAUUGGCUGAUGUUCAACAAACUCUCUUGGAGAAAAAACAAAAUCUCAUGUGCCAGAAAACUGUGAUAAACAAUCUUGAAACUGAAAAGAUUCAACAAGACAUUGAAAUACAAGCAUUAAACGAGAAGGUGAAGAUGUUGGAGACACACAUUGAUGAUCUGGAGCAGUCGAAAAGUCGUCUAGAAAGCAGACAGUUUGAACAUUUGGAGAAAAGCACUGAACAAUUCAAGAAUCUCCAGGAAGCUUUAAAAGAUGCCCUUUGCAAAAAGUUGUCUCUUGAGACGAAACAUGCUGAAGAAAUGCAAAAUCUAAAGUCUUUGAUGGAGGAAAAAGAAAAGAAAUGGUCGGAAGAAAUGAAGAAAUUAAAAUCAGCCCACAAAAAGGAAAUGGAGGAACUACGACUGAACACAGAACAUCAAUUUCACACACAGAAGCAGGAGAUGGAAAAAGAAAUGAAACACUUGAAGCAAGGCAACAAAGUGAUUGCUGAUGAAUAUGAGAAGGUUGGUCAGGAGCUGAAGAACAAGUUAACUGAAGCAGAGAAAGAGAUCCAAAGAUUUGAAAACCUUGUACAACACAGUGAAAAGAAUUUAACUAGUGCCUCGUCACAUAUCAUUGCUCUGAAGGAAGCAUCUUCGCAGCUGAAGGAUGAACUAGAUCAGUGCAGAAGUGAACUGAAGACAGCCAAAAACACAAACACACAGUUGCAGGUAGGUGGGCACACCUCUUUCCCUCUCCCUCUGUUAUUGAUUCCUUUUUAA